CCCAGUGUCUUCGGAGUCUCUCCAAGAGAUAAAAACUUGCGGAGCCAGAAUUUUUUUUAGGCCCACCCUGCUUCCUACACACCAUCUCCAUUUCAUUUCUCCCCUCGAGGCAUUUGUUGGUUAGCCCAAUAUUUGCAGACAUAGGGUGCAUUGAUGGGCAUCGGCAGUCACGGCCCCGGCGAACUUUUGUGGCGUGGCCGGUUAGCGAAGACGACACAUUAUUCAGAAAGACUACUGAGUAUCGGCAGUGUGUCUUGCAUGGGGCCAAGCGUUGCACAGAUAUCUUGAUAGCUGAUAGUUUCGACCAGAAGAACAGGUGUCAACGAAUGCAGAAACGUAGAGAAAAGGUUGGCGGUUCUGGAGGAUAUAUAACGGUAUUUAGCUUAGUGGAAGGAGUUAAGGCUGUCCUGAGAAAGUGAAGAUUUAACUCUGCUUGGCUUGUGGAGACGUGGACGGAAAGUUUGAUGUUUUAUUCAACAGAGUUCGAACAAUACAGAAGAAAAGUGGGAACUUUGAUGAAAUUUCUUCGGCUCUACUCAAGAUGCUGAGUGGGAGGAGUAUAAGACUGGCAAAAAGAAAGCUCCUAUUCAGACAUAUGUGCUUGGUGCCAACAACCCGGAGACAGUACAGUAUUUCCAGGACACUGAUGGGUGUGAAUUAGCUGAGAACAUCACUUACCUGGGUCGAAAAGGUUUCUUUACUGGAAGCUCAGGGCUGCAGAUUGUCUAUCUCAGUGGCACAGAGUCCUUGAGUGAACCAGUCCCGAGUCACAGUUUUAGUCCCAAGGACGUGUCUUCCCUGAGAACAAUGCUGUGUUCGGCCUCCCAGUUUAAGGGUGUUGAUAUCUUGCUCACAUCCCCGUGGCCCAAGUAUGUGGGGAACUUUGGGAAUUCCUCUGGAGAAGUGGAUACCAAAAAAUGUGGCUCAGCCUUGAUCUCCAGUCUUGCCGCAAGUUUGAAACCAAGGUAUCAUUUUGCUGCUUUGGAGAAGUCGUAUUACGAGAGACUCCCAUACCGAAACCAUGUUGUUCUACAAGAAAGUACACAGCAUGCUACCCGCUUCAUAGCACUAGCGAAUGUUGGGAAUGCAGAAAAGAAAAAGUAUCUUUAUGCAUUCAGUAUUGUUCCCAUGAAGCUAAUGGCUGCAGCAGAACUGGUAAAACAGCCUCCGGAUGUCACCGAGAAUCCUUACCGAGAGUCUGGAAAGGCAGCAGCUAUAGGAAAACAUGUUCCUGCCCCUCAGGAAGAACCAGCCUGUCAAUUCUUCUUCGAUCUGAAUGAAAAGCAGGGAAGGAAACGGUCAUCUACGGGCAGGGAUAGCAAGUCUCCUCAGGCCAAGCAGCCACGCAGGCCUCCUCAGCCUCCAGGACCUUGUUGGUUUUGCCUUGCCAGCCCUGAAGUGGAAAAGCAUUUGGUGGUCAACAUUGGCACACAUUGCUACCUUGCCCUGGCUAAAGGAGGCUUAUCUGAUGACCAUGUACUCAUCCUGCCUAUUGGACACUACCAGUCAGUUGUGGAGCUUUCGGCAGAGGUGGUGGAAGAAGUGGAGAAGUAUAAGGCUACUCUGAAACGAUUCUUUAAGAGUCGGGGGAAGCGCUGUGUCCUGUUUGAGAGAAAUUAUAGGAGCCAUCAUCUCCAGCUUCAGGUCAUUCCUGUGCCCCUCAGCUGCUGUGUUACGGAUGAUAUUAAAGAUGCCUUCAUUACCCAGGCACAGGAGCAACAGAUAGAGCUGUUGGAAAUUCCAGAGCACUCAGACAUCAAGCAGAUUGCACAGCCGGGAGCAGCGUAUUUUUAUGUUGAACUCGACACAGGAGAAAAAUUAUUCCACAGAAUUAAAAAGAAUUUUCCUUUGCAAUUUGGAAGGGAGGUACUGGCCAGUGAAGCCAUUCUCAACAUUCCUGACAAGGCUGACUGGAGGCAGUGUCAAAUUAGUAAGGAAGAGGAGGAGACCCUGGCUCGACGCUUCCGGAAAGACUUUGAACCUUUUGACUUCACUCUGGAUGACUAGACAAAGGAAAAGGCACUUUAUGAACCUCACAGGAAAUUGUCAGAGCCUGUUUUUGAAAUGAAACUAUAGUCUCCCAUGGGGGCUGCCUCCCUGCCUCUUUUCCAUAUAUUCCCAUGGAAACUGCCUGCAGCAAGAGGUCUAGGAUUGACUUUAAUUUUUUUUUUUUAAAGAAGUCAUUCUGAGAUGCAAUUGUAUGUUAAAAGAGUGUCUGCUACAUAUUUCUAAGAACUGCUGUGUUUGUCUACAUCUUCACAAACUUAAACCUUUGAGGUUGGGUGUGGUUGUUCAUGCCUGUAAUCUCAGAAAUUGAGGAGUUGUGGCUGGAGGAUUGCCAUGAAUUCAAGGCUAGUCUGAUCUACAUAGCAAGUUUCAGGCCAGGCCAAUCUGGGCUGUGGUGUAAGACCCAUCUAACCUCCCAUCCCCCAACCCCACCAAAGAAAACAAAAAUAACGGGCCCCAAAUCUUGUAAAUGAUUAAAAGGGAGUAAUUUUCUAAGGUUGA